UAGUGGGCUCCAAGUCUCUGGUGCCCAAGCCUCCUCCACGGCUUCCCAUCCCCUCUGCCCGCUCGGAGUGUGUGCAUGAGUGGGAGCGCUGGGCUGUGCGCGCACGGCUCUCUGCCUCCCUCUCACCCCGCCAGGGCGCUUCCUCCCGCUUACUGUGCCCCUGCCCGGACUCGCACCUCGCCUGUGCCCUUCACUCGCUCUUCCGCCUGAUUUCCCCGCCGCCUUUCUCUACCAACUGGGAAUGCUAAAACGGGACUGAUGGACGUAUCAGAACUCUGCAUCCCGGACCCUCUCGGCUACCACAACCAGCUGCUGAACAGAAUGUCCGCAGACGACCGGCACCUGGGCUCCAGCUGCGGCUCCUUCAUCAAGACCGAGCCGUCCAGCCCGUCCUCGGGCAUCGAUGCCCUCAGCCACCACAGCCCCAGCGGCUCGUCCGACGCCAGCGGCGGCUUCGGCCUGGCCCUGGGCGCCCACGCCAACGGUCUGGACUCGCCGCCCAUGUUCGCGGGCGCGGGGCUGGGAGGCACCCCCUGCCGCAAGGGCUACGAGGACUGUGCCAGCGGCCUCAUGGAGGACUCGGCCAUCAAGUGCGAGUACAUGCUCAACGCCAUCCCCAAGCGCCUGUGCCUCGUGUGCGGGGACAUCGCCUCCGGCUACCACUACGGCGUGGCCUCCUGCGAGGCCUGCAAGGCCUUCUUCAAGAGGACCAUCCAAGGGAACAUCGAGUACAGCUGCCCCGCCACCAACGAGUGUGAGAUCACCAAACGGAGGCGCAAGUCCUGCCAGGCCUGCCGCUUCAUGAAAUGCCUCAAAGUGGGGAUGCUGAAGGAAGGGGUGCGCCUGGACCGAGUGCGCGGAGGCCGCCAAAAAUACAAGCGACGGCUGGACUCAGAGAGCAGCCCAUACCUGAGCUUACAGAUUUCUCCUCCUGCGAAGAAGCCAUUGACUAAAAUUGUCUCCUACCUGCUGGUGGCUGAGCCGGACAAACUCUACGCCAUGCCUCCCCCGGGCAUGCCAGAGGGCGACAUCAAGGCUCUGACCACUCUCUGUGACCUGGCCGACAGGGAGCUCGUGGUCAUCAUUGGUUGGGCCAAGCACAUCCCAGGCUUCUCCAACCUCUCUCUGGGGGACCAGAUGAGCCUGCUGCAGAGCGCCUGGAUGGAGAUCCUCAUUCUGGGCAUCGUGUACCGCUCGCUGCCCUACGACGACAAGCUGGUGUACGCCGAGGACUACAUCAUGGAUGAGGAGCACUCCCGCCUCGCGGGGCUGCUGGAGCUCUACCGGGCCAUCCUGCAGCUGGUCCGCAGGUACAAGAAGCUCAAGGUGGAGAAGGAGGAGUUUGUGACGCUCAAGGCCCUGGCCCUGGCCAACUCAGAUUCCAUGUACAUCGAGGAUCUGGAGGCCGUCCAGAAGCUGCAGGACCUGCUGCAUGAGGCGCUGCAGGACUACGAGCUGAGCCAGCGCCACGAGGAGCCUCGGAGGACGGGCAAGUUGCUGCUGACGCUGCCCCUGCUUCGGCAGACGGCCGCCAAGGCCGUGCAGCACUUCUACAGCAUCAAACUGCAAGGCAAGGUGCCCAUGCACAAACUCUUCCUGGAGAUGCUGGAGGCCAAGGUCUGAUGGCCUGGCAUACGGACUGACUCCCACCUGAGGACAGACAAAUGGAUGGACCGACGCGGAGACCUCCACAGCCACCAGCCUCAACAUUCAAGUCCUGUAUCAUGGCCAUGAGCAGGCCCAGAGGAAGGGGCUCCUCGCCUCCCGGCUGUGUGCAGUCCUGGGUGCUGUGGGGCAGGGGAACGGGGAUGGGGGGCAGGGCACAGGGCUCAUCUGUAACUGGCAUUUUCUUUGGUAUGUUUUUUGUCUGCCAUGGGCAGUGCUGAGCCCUGGGCCAGAGCUGCCUCCCAUGAAGCCGGAGGCCACCGAGGAAGCACCCCCACCCCCACCCAGCCACCAAGAUGCAGCACAUAUAUUUCCUAACCCCACCCCUGUUCCUCCACCCAUGGCCUGGGUGGGCAGUGCUCAGCGCCCAGGACUCUGGCAUACCAGGUGGGGUACCUUCUG